GUUUGCGUGAUGUCUCAAGGCACCGUCUCUUUCUCCCUCCUCUGCUCGUCCCCGCCCCUACCCUCCCCCCUCAUUUUUCGUCUUUCCUCUCUCCCACUCUCUUCCCUUACAAGCGGGAGAGAGAGAGAGAGAGAGCGAUGUUCCUUGCUCUCGACAACGCGCGGAUGGAAGGAUCGGGAUUGUGUAGGGGCACGAACUGCAUCUCCGUCGUCUACCUGCCGGACCCCACUGAAGACGGCGCGACCUCUUCCAUGCUCGCAGUCGCAGAUGAUCACCCCUCCAAGGCCCAGGUCCACACCGCCGUAAGCAGUCGAAGCAGCACCGCCACCAGCAGCAACUCGUCUAUUGGCCGAAACAGCGACUCUGGUGUCGGUUCCGACUCCUCCGAUCCUGAUGACUCUGGCGAACCCGAGGUCCAGAGCUCCUACAGAGGCCCGCUCGACACCAUGGACUCCUUGGGGGAUUCCCUGCCCAUGAGGAGGGGCAUAUCGAAGUUCUAUGCCGGGAAAUCCAAAUCGUUCACGAGCCUAUCUGAGGCCGCGGCAGCGGUGGCCAAGGAUCUGGCCAAGCCCGACAACCCAUAUAACCGGAAGAGGAAGAACCUGAUCCUGAGGAGCAACAUUAGGGAGAGGAAUCGCCAUCUUGGCGACACAUCGACGGGAUCUAAGAGUGGGGUCGCGAAGAAGCCCGUGAAUUUUAGCCGGAGCUCUCUGGCCCUCGACGCUAUGAGCAAGUUAGAGAGCAGCUGUGCUGAUGGGGGAGAAGACAAUGAGCAGCAGCCACUGCCUCCCUUUCCUCCGAACGGGAGGUUAUGGCCUCUGAGUAAUCAUGGUAACAAAGGCAGCACUGAAUCGCCACCGCAGAUGCCAUUCGCGUCUCGAUCCUUCUCUUUGUUUGACUUACAGGGAGCGGCAUCGUCGGCGUCCCGCGGAGAGAAGCGCGAUAAGGUCUUUAGUUAACUUCGAGAUCGGUGUGGUGUGGAGCUGGGAGAGCGGUGCCUCCCCUCUAUCUCGAUCUUUGCCUGUCUGUCUGUGACAUCUUCUCCUGUGUUUUGUACAUAUUUUUGGGCAUAUGUCCCUUCCACUGCACUUUCGUCGUCGUCGUCGUCUUCUUCUUAUUCCUGGUAUCCAGGAUGGUUAUCGUGGCUCACGAUUUUCGCAUUUUGGGCUUCUCCAAUAACCGUAUGGUAGAACCCUGAAAAAAAAAUCGUUGGCUUA